UAGAAAUUAAAAUACUUUGAGCUUUUCAAAAUAAAGUUUUUUUUUUCCUUGGGUCCCAUUUUUUUCUUCUUUUUUUUUUUUGGUGAAUUUAUUUAUUGUCAAAAAAAGGUUAGUUUUUUGGUUAAAAAAAUUGUUCUUUUCUACUGUUUUGAUCUUGUUGAGCAGAAAAAAAGUGUGGGGUUUUCUUGGUUUUUGCUAUAUUGUAAUUGGUCAGAGAAAAUUUUAUUUUUAAUUUUGUUUUUGAGCUGAAUUAAGGGAUUUGAGAGUAUUCUUGAAAUUCCAACUUUUCUACAAUUUUGAUUUGGUUUUGAAGCAAUUUUUUGUUUCUGUGUUUUUGUUGUUUUAUGUUGUAACUAGGUGGAUUUUUUUUUUUUUUUUUAAAGCAAGGGGCUUGAGUGUUUGUAAGUGUUCUUGAAUUUCCAUUUUUUCUACAAUUUUGAUUUGGUUCUGAAGAUAGUUUUGUAUUUCCUUUUUAUGGGGUUUUGUUAAUUCAUGUUGUAAUUUUGUGAAAAUAUUUAAUUUUAAUUUUUUUUUUUUUUUUUUUUUUAGUUUAAGUAAGGGGUUUGAGAUUCUUGAAAUUCCAGUUUUUAUUUAAUGAUUUCUAUAGUGAGUUGGGAUGGAAGAAAGGGUUAAUUUUUAGAAUUUGGUGUUAAAAUAGAGAUGAAGGAAACUAAGCUUGAAGAAGGAGAGGCUUGUGAUGAUACAACUGUUGACCCUGAUAUUGCACUCUCCUAUAUUGAUGAGAAACUCCAAGAUGUUUUGGGACAUUUCCAAAAGGAUUUUGAGGAUGGAGUUUCAUCUGAGAACUUGGGGUCAAAAUUUGGUGGAUACGGUUCGUUUUUACCUACCUAUCAGCGUUCACCUUCUUGGACCUGUACAAAGACUCCACCAGAGGCCUACCACAAUGACAUAUCAAAAUCACCGAGCAAUUUGCGCCCAGAGGGUGGUCGUCGACCCUCAUCAGCUUCUUCAUCCACUUCCCUAUCAGGAAGGCCCCUAGCACUGAAGACUCCAGCAGCUAAUGGGAAAACAAAUCCAGAUGAAGACUCCACUUCAAAAAGUGAUAUAGUCAAGAAGCCAACAAAUCUCUCAGACAAGAAAGCUCCCCAGUUGCAUAACAAAGUUGGUAAUGAAGAUUUGUCAACUCAAAAGAAAGCUGAAAUCUAUAGCGGGCUUGGCCUUGAUGUCUCUCCAUCAUCAUCGCCAGAUGAUAGCCCGAUGAACAAUGAGGGGUUAUCCCAUGAUCUUAAGGAUUCCCGAAGUGAAUCUCCGACAAGUAUACUUCAGAUUAUGACCUCAUAUCCAUUGCAUGAUGGUCUAUUAUUAUCCCCACUUUCGGAUGAUUUGAUUUGCUUGACCGAAAAAGUAAAGCUCUGGGGGAAAUGUGGAUCCCAACAUAUGAUCCAGGGAAACCUAGAAAAUUCUGUUGCAUUAGUAAAUGGAGCUCAUUGUGCAAAAAAUGGUUCGGAGGACAUGAAAAAGAAACAUGUUACAGAUAGAUACAGAGAAUUCUUUGGGGACAUAAAAGCUGAAGAGGAUGAUGUUGAAACUGGUUUACAAGAAAUUCAUUCACCAGAAAUGCUGAAGGUUUCUGAUGCUGUCGGUCAUAAAAGUUUGGUUGAACGUAACAGCUCGAUAAAGGAAAGAGUUAAUGUUGGCAAAACUGAGAAUCCAUGUCCGUCUGGGGAGUAUCCGAUAUUGGCUUCAAAUGGACCAACUUCCGUUGAUGCUUGGCAUACAAGCCAAGAGAACCCGAGUAUUGGUGUACAAGCUAUCGAUUCAAGUGGGAAGACAAGAUAUGGAUUAAAAGUUUCGUCAACUGGAACUAAACAAGACGGCUCGCAAUCUUCAAACUUUCAGGAGAACCCGAAUUGUAGAAGCUCAAGUGGUACUUCUCAUUCAGUUGAUGAAAAUUUCCAUCAACACUUGGGCCUUCCAAAUAGCUCAGUUGUAGAGAAGAGGAGACAUAAAAACAAAGAGAAGAAAAUUUCUCUUGACAACCACUCUGAUGAAGAUAUGAAGGAUGCAAAGAUUCGGGAUAAAUAUACAAACAGGAACUCAGCAAAUGAUUCAAAGAAAGACCUGGUUUCAGCAAAGAACCCAGAAGCCCAUAUUUCAGACGUGUCAAUGCGUAUGGAGAGGUGUGACAGCAAAAAUUCUUUGACAAAGAGAAAAGGGAGCGAACUUCGAGAUUCCUUGACAUGUAAUCCCCAAGAUUCUAUGGAAAAAAUAUGUGAUGACAUCUGCAGGAAGGAAAAGAAAGCAAGGGUCUCCAAGUUUGACCAGAAAGACACUAGCACGAGCUAUUCGCCGAGUGUAAAAGCUGCAGAUUCUUCAAAAAGGGAUCUAUGCAAUUUGCGGCCUUCUAUUGCUGUCUCUUCAGCCUGUCCCACUUCUAGUCCCAAGAGGUCUUCUGACGGUGAAAAUAAUGGCUUCUCCAAUCAAUCCAGUAUAGUUAAGAAGGAUAAUGCCUGCAAUGGCAAGAGUUAUGAUCUAGAGUUCUCUGAAGCUGAUUUGGAGGAGAAAGAUGUUCAUCGUGAAUCAGGUAAAUCAGCUGCAAAACUCAAAGCAAAGACCAUGGUUUCUGGUUAUGCAACUCAUCAGGACGCUGAUGUAAAUGCUUGCAAGACAGAGAACUUGGACCAAGGCUCUGAUAAGGAUAGAAAGAAUGACCAUCAGUGUCAGAAUAGUGGGUCUGUCUCAAAUGGUAGACGAGGUUCCUCGUCACGGCAUAAAGAGAAGAAGCGAGCUCCGAAAUCUGAUUCUGACCAAAAUCAUAUGCCAUUAGAUGAGGAGAAGACGGCACCUGGCAAAAACAAGUCUCAGGAGAGAUCUGAUGUUGGUUCAGAUAGAUUUAAAAAGAGUUCUAAGAAGGAUCCUUCUGGAAAAUUACUGGACAAAAAUGUUAAAGGAGAUAAUCAAUCAAGAUUUGGUCAUCAUGAUGAUGCAGAAGUUCGAUCGGAUGUUAAAAGGCAGGCUGCACUACCAGAUCGAGAUGAUCAGAGAUUAUCGAAGAAACUCGUUACCAACAAAAGUGAGCAGAUUGAAGUCUCUUCCAAGUCUCCUUUAACAAGAGAUCAGAGUGAGACGCUUGUAUUUAAAGAACCAGUUCCUGAAUCUGAAAGAGAAAAUGGGGCAAAUUUGGUUGCAGUUGAUGCUUUUGAAAGGGAAAGGUCAAAUGCUUCAAGACAGAAUAAAAAAGCUAAAACCCACCAUGGAAACCUACCUAAUAGUACUGCUAAUAAGGUCAGGGAUCUAGAUGUUCCCAGCCCUGCUCGGAAGGAUUCAUCAAGUCAAGCUGCUACUAAUGCCAUUAAAGAAGCCACAAACCUUAAACACCUGGCAGAUCGUCUCAAGAAUUCUGGAUUAAGCGAAAGUACGGGUAUCUAUUUCCAAGCGGCACUGAAGUUUCUCCAUGGCGCCUCCUUACUAGAAUUAGACAGCUCCAAGCACGGUGAAGUGAAUCAGUCACGGAGAAUCUAUAGCAGCACCGCAAAACUUUGCCAGUUUUGUGGUCAUGAAUAUGAGAAAUUAAAAGACAUGGCAGCUGCUGCACUUGCCUAUAAAUGCAUGGAGGUCGCACACAUGCGAGUAAUUUAUUCUUCGCAGUCUGAUGCAAAUAGAUACAGAAAUGAGUUACAAACAGCUUUACAAAUUUUUCCUCCAGGUGAGUCUCCUUUCUCUUCUGUCUCUGAUGUUGACAAUUUGAACAAUCCAACAAUAGUAGACAAAGCUGCAUCAGCGAAAGUUGUUGGUUCUCCUCAAGUAGCUGGAACUCAUGUUGUCUCAGCAAGAAAUGGUUCUAGCUUCAUGCGGCUAAUCAACUUGGCACAGGAAGUUAAUUUUGCAAUGGAAGCCUCCAGGAAAUCACGUGUUGCAUUUGCUGCUGCUAAUCCAGGGCCUGGAGAUUCACAAUUAUCCGUUAAGAAGGCCCUUGAUUUCAACUUCCAGGAUGUGGAUGGAUUAGUACGUCUUGUGCGUGUCGCCAUGGAAGCUAUCAGUCAUUAGAUUACAAGCUGUUGCCGAAAUUGUCCACACCUUGGAACAUACUUCUGUACCUGCUCUCCGUGUACUGUCAGUUGAGCAAGUUGAAAAGAGGAUCUCUUGGUUGGAAUUUGCUAUACCAUCUCCCAAAGUUUCAUCUUCUGAAUGCUCUUGUACACCUGUACAGUAAUACAGUCAAACCUCUCUAUAACAACGUCGUUUGUCCCGAAAUGUUUUAGCUGCUAUAGCGAGACAUUGUUAUAGAGAACAUAUAGUAUUAACAUAACAGGAAAGAUCUGUUCCACAGAAAACCUGAUUGUUAUACUGAAAUAUUGUUAUAGAGGAUGACUGUUAUAGAGAGGUCUGACUAUACCAUUUGCUGUUUGUAAGAUAUCCUAGCAGAAGGGAGCCUUGGAGGGUAAAGUUGUCUUGGUGCAACCUAAAAUCAAAAGGUCACGGGUUCGAGGCAUGGAAUCAACCGCUGAUAAGCAUAGGGUAGGCUUCCUACAUCAGAUCUCCUUGGGAUGCGACCGAACACAAACCCUACGUGGGAGUGGGAUGCUUCACUGGCUGCCUUUUUGAUAAAAGAUAUCUUAAGGAAUGCGGUGGUGCUGUCAGAAAUUCACAUCAUUCAGUGGCUCAUUACUUAUCCUGCUGACUUGCCAGUUGACUGCUUCCCCCAAAUUACCUUUCCACUGGUACAUAAGAAACCGAGAUAGCUUGUUGUUUUUGAUCAAAGCAGGAAAGAUGUCGGGAGUGUGUAUAUAUAUAUAUAUAUAUAUAUAUAUAUAUAUAUAUAUAUGCUUCACAUGGGCUGUUGGAUUGUCGAUUAGAGGACUAGGAGUUGCUGUACCUUCUCCCUGUCUACUUUUUGGCAGAUAGGGGUGUCGUGUGAUGAGACUUCCUGUUGUUACUGACAGUUUCAUCUCUUCAUUUGGGAGUUGAGAACUUCAACGCA